AUGUGCGGUGGUAGACCCGGACCUCGGAAGCGUCUUGUGUUUCCUUCUUGUUGUUUUUUGUCCAGAAACUCACAUGAGGCAACGUUUUCCUCGGAGCGCAGGUUCUGUGGUGACGCCGUGUCCCUGUCAGCAGGAGCCGCGUGUCUUUUUGGUGACAAGUCGCGCGGAAACAUGAACAUUUCCCUCUUCAACGCGACCCAGGACGCGCUGGUUAACGGCAGCCAGAGCCUCGCGGCAGCUCUGGCUACUCUGUCAAGUAACGGCACGGACAGCGUGGUGACCGGCGACGGCGGGGGGUCGCUCGUGCUGCCGCAAGAUGAGCGCAAACUCUUCGUGAUGCGCGUGGUGCAGAUCGCCGUGCUGUGCGUCCUGUCGCUCACCGUCAUGUUUGGGAUCUUCUUCCUCGGCUGCAACCUGAUGAUCAAAUCAGAAAGCAUGAUCAACUUCCUGGUGAAAGACCGGAGACCUUCCAAAGACGUGGAGACUGUGAUGAUCGGGCUCGGCUAAAAGGACACACAUCAGGCUCUGUGGGAGACAGAUCAAGUUCCGCAUCUGCAUAUAUCCAUCCAAGACGUCUUGUCUGUCCCAGAGGGGAAAAAUAUGC